UCUUUGUUUCUGGAUGGCUGGUAUUCAUUACUGCUCGUGUGUCCUUGCCAGAAAAUGGUGCAAUUACAUAUCAAGCAUCUUCUCCAGAUGAAGUUGCCAUUGUUCGUUGGACAGAACAAGUUGGACUCACGUUGGUUUUUCGAGAUAUUAAUGAAAUGCACCUUCGUACAGCAGAUGGGGAAACAUUAGAAUACUUAAUCCUUCAGAUAUUCCCAUUUACAAGUGAGUCCAAAAGAAUGGGUAUUAUUGUUAAGGAUAAGACUACUGGUGAAAUAAUGUUUUAUCAGAAGGGUGCGGAUGUUGUUAUGAGUAAGAUUGUACAAUAUAAUGAUUGGUUGGAUGAAGAAUGUGAUAAUAUGGCUAGGGAAGGGUUGAGAACAUUGGUUAUUGCUCGUAGGAGGUUAUCUGAAGAUAUUUAUAAUGAAUUUCAAGAAAAGUUUAAUGAAGCAAAAGUGAGCAUAGUCGAUCGUAAGGCUCAAGAACAAGCAGUAGUUGUUUCAAUUUUAGAACAGGAUUUAGAACUUUUGGGUGUAACUGGUGUGGAGGAUAAACUUCAAGACGAGGUAAAGAAUACCUUAGAACUCUUAAGAAAUGCAGGGUUAAAAAUUUGGAUGUUGACUGGAGAUAAAAUUGAGACAGCUACGUGUAUUGCUGUUUCAUCAAAGUUGGUAUCAAGAGGUCAAAAUAUACAUCAAAUAUCACAAGUGAUCGAUCCGAAUGAAGCUUUGGAGGAAUUGGAAGUCCUGAAAAGCAAAAAAGAUUGUUGUUUAGUGAUUGACGGGGUUUCUCUUCAGUUUUAUAUGGAUAAUUAUAAAAAUGAUUUCAUCGAGGCCGAUAUUACCAAACUCAUAAUCGAAUACACAGGAAAGAGAGUAUGUUGCAUAGGAGAUGGUGGUAAUGAUGUUAGCAUGAUUCAAGCAGCUCAUGUUGGAGUCGGAAUAGUUGGAAAAGAAGGAAAGCAAGCAUCAUUAGCGGCAGAUUUCUCCAUAAUUCAAUUUAGUUACUUGACUAAAUUGUUAUUGUGGCAUGGUAGAAAUAGCUAUAAACGAUCAGCCAAGCUUGCUCAAUUUGUUAUUCAUCGUGGGUUAAUAAUAUCAGUUAUACAAGCUGUAUUUUCGGCCUUAUUCUUUUUUGCACCAAUUGCUCUUUAUCAAGGAUGGUUAAUUGUAGGAUAUUCUACCUUUUAUACCAUGGCUCCAGUAUUCUCUCUGGUACUGGAUAGGGAUGUAAAAGAAGAAACAGCGUUUAAAUUUCCUGAAUUAUAUAAAGAGUUGACCAAG